CAUGUCCUAUAUACGCCUCCGUACGAUAAAAUGCUAUUUGUAAGAGAAAUUUAAAACUUCGUUUAGGUUAUCGUGGAACAGAGGACCGCAAAGUGGAAAAAUUUCUGCAUCCCUUUGUUGCAUGGAUUUUUGUUAUUGACGUGAACCAGAAUCGCGGGCUACUUUCAGCCAGGUGAAACACGUUAUUUUCUCGCAUGCUAUGUAAUGGAAUUAUUGCGACGGAAAUGCAUCCAAAUACCCUGUAUGUGUGUUGCAUCGUCAAUUUGAUUCUCUUUACUCUCGUUGUUAAUCAUGUGCACGCUGAGGAAGUGGAAGAGAAAGAAUGUCAUAAAGGAGAUGAAAACUGUGUUUCACAGGAGACUGCAGGGUCUGCGACUGGAAAGCGUAGAUAUCUAAAUCCAAAAGAUGAAAAGUGGCAGCCGUAUCUCGAUGCAGUAAAAUCAGCUUUAAGGCAGUAUAAAGACUGUGAGCAAGAUACAGGUACUUGCACAUGUUAUGACAGUGUUUUGGAGAAAGAUUUGGCAGUUUGGAGAGAAAAGGGUGGCAUCUCUCAGGAUCAGUUCCAUCGAGCCCUUGAGAGAGGGAUUGGUAAUCACUACCAGAUCAUCAAUCAUAGACUGUACCGCAGCAAGAAAUGCAUGUUUGCAGCAAGAUGCUCUGGGGUAGAACACUUCAUACUGAAAAUAAUUAAAAAGCUACCAGAUAUGGAGUUCAUACUGAAUGAACGUGACUGGCCUCAGAGUCCCAAGUUUGCUGAUCCACUGCCAGUUCUAUCAUUCAGCAAGGUUUAUUCUCAACACUGGGACAUCAUGUAUCCAGCGUGGACUUUCUGGGAGGGGGGACCUGCUGUGUGGCCAUUAUUUCCCACUGGUUUAGGUCGAUGGGACCUCUUCAGAGAAUCUCUCGACAAGGAAGCCAAGAAAACACCAUGGGAUGAAAAGUUAUCCAAGGCAUUUUUCAGGGGGUCAAGGACAAGUGCUCAGCGUGACCCUCUAAUUCUGCUGUCUAGGGAUGACAGAGAUCUUGUGGAUGCACAGUAUACCAAGAACCAGGCCUGGAAAUCUGAUGCAGACACUCUUUAUAUGCCACCAGCCAGUGAAAUCAGCCUUGAAGAGCACUGCAAAUACAAGUAUUUGUUUAAUUUCCGGGGUGUAGCUGCAAGUUUCAGACUGAAGCAUCUUUUUCUUUGUGAGUCAUUAGUAUUCCAUGUUGGAGAUGAAUGGCUGGAGUUCUUCUAUCCAGAACUUAAGGCAUGGGUGCACUAUAUACCUGUUGCUCAGGAUCUAAAUGGAACAAGAACUCUGAUAGAGUUUGCAAAGUCCAAUGAUCAGAUUGCUAAGGAUAUAGCUAAAAGAGGACGGGACUUCAUAUGGAAUCACCUUCAUAUGGAGGAUGUAACAUGUUACUGGAAAAAGCUACUGAAGGAAUAUUCUAAACUCAUAAAGUAUAAAGUGGUACGAAACCAGGAAUUGCAGCAGAUACUGCCAAAGGAAAAAUAAAACAUAAACCAUACAGUGUAUGGUAAAUCUGAUGUCAAUCUGUUCUAUUUUCAUACAAAUAUAUGCUGUCAUAUUUUUUUUACAUUUCUUGAAAUAAAUGCCACAUUAUUUGAAUUUGUGCCCCACACAGCAUGAAACUCGAUACCAAAUAUUGAUUUCGAGAAACAUCAAUGAAUUUCAUUUAUUAGCAUUGAAUUGAAAAGAUAUUUCAAUUGCUUGUGAUUUAGAUGUUAAAAUAACUGGGGGAACUUUUUAAAAAACGGUAAGUAGGUUAAAUAACAGAUAAUUAGGGGCUGCACAAAAAACUGCUUAUAGAAAUAUUUCCAAAAAGUGAAACAAUUUUUCAAUUAUUUCCAAGGACAGUAAUAUGAUGAUGAAAUUACAUGAAUGUCUGCAUUUUGGAAGUAAAAGGCAUUGGAGUUAGAACCAGAUUCUUGUCGAGAAGGAGCUUGAUUUCAGUAAUGCAGGUUCUUUUUGGGUGGACUGAAAAGAGUAAACAUGUAUUUCACCGGAAAAAUGAAGAGCAUGGGGAACUGGCUUUUUGUUAAGUUCAUUCGAGAUUUAGGUACAGUAAGUGGAUGAAAUCUGGCAAUCAAUUCACUCAGCCUAGAAUAUUUCCAUCAUCUAUGUCAGUUCUUGUUCAUGAGCAAAGAUGUCCACUCAGAUAAAAAAUGGCAAACUAAUGUAUUGUAUUUUCGGUUUCAAAAAGUAAACUUUCAGAGAACUGUUGACAACAGGAUCUUUUACAAAAUGAAGCAGGGGCAAGAAAAUAUUCUUUGUUUGCGGCAGUCAUCAUAAAAAAGAAGUUGGGAGCCUAUAUUUGUGUCUAUAUUUUGUCUAAAAACUUCAAGAUAUUUUUUCCCAACACUGAAUUUGCCUCCUCCAAAAUCAACUGGGGGGCACCACAAAAGGACCCUGUUGGGUAUCCAUGUUUACUGGUUGUAUUCAGUCAUUGUCUUUUUGCUACUUUUCAAAACCUUUCCUUUGUGGAACAGUUGGAUGUUAUCAAUUAUGUUAAUUGAAAUGAUUUUUAUGCCUUACCAGUGAACUUUAUAAAGGGGCAUAUUAUUUCUGCCUUGUCCAUCCAUGGGUGUGUGUCCACAAUAUUCUUGUCAGUGUAAAUUGAGAAUAUCUUUCCGUAAGAACUUCAAGUUUGGUUUAUGGAUUACUCUUGGUGAUCCAAGAAAACUGAUCACAUUUUAGGCCCAAAGGUCAAGGUCAAAUAGAAAGGUUGUCAGUGUGAUGACUUGAGAAAUACUUAGCAUUUGAAUUUCUCUUCUAUUAUGUGGCUUGCUCUUGAUGAUACUAGGAGGCCUGUUGCAUUUGGAUCUGAACGUCGAUGGUCAAAGUCACUUUACCUGAAGGACCCUGGAAAUGAAUUUUUAUUAGAAUCACCUUUUGUGUAUCUCUGUACUCUUCUUCAAUGUAUGAAGAAUGACAUCUUUUU